GUAACACACACGCACCGCGGCGUGGUCUCUGCUCGUAGAACCACGAAAACAACAGAAGAACAGCAUUCUCCUCCUCCCCCCUCCGCAAAAAACAAACGCACAUGGCGACGUCGGUCCUUGCCAUCGUCAACGCGAAGCGCGUGUGGCGCGGUGCGUCGGCGCUGCAGCCGGAGGUGGCCGCGUCGUACCCGGCUGAGGUGGACGCGCUGCUCGUGGAGGACGCCCGCAUCGUUUGCAUCGGCAGCACGGCGGAGGUGCUGCAGCGGUACGACGCUGCGGUGGCGGCGCAGGCGGCCGCGCAUCCCACGCAGAACGACAGCGCCGAUGCUGACGUGCGAGCGGUGGAGGGCGGCCGGGCCCGAACGGUGUCGCACCGCGUCAUCGACUGCGCGCACCGCCACGCCGUGUACCCGGGGUUUAUCGACUCGCACGUGCACUUCCUCGACGGCGGCCGGGUGCUGCGUGCGCCGCAGCUACACUUCGCAUCGAGUCGUGCACAGUUCAUCGACAUCGUGCGCGACUAUGUCGAACGCUCCUACAAGCACGACGAGGGCGGGUGGAUUUACGGGACAGGCUGGAGUGAGGCGGUGCUCGGCUGCUCGCCUUUGCGGGGGUGGCUGGACGAGGUCAGCACGACGAUCCCGUUGAUGAUGUUCAGCAAGGAUAUUCACUCUGCGGUGCUGAACACGGCGGCGCUGCGCCACUGCCACAUCAUCCCCGGCGCAGACGACGGCGACCCGGUGAUCACGCAGGUCGACGGCGGCCGGAUUGAGCUGGACGAGCACACGGGCGAGCCGAACGGCGUGCUGCGCGACAACGCCAUCCACGUGACGCGGCGCUACGCCCCUUCCGCUGACACACGAAGCAACCAACAGCGCGCGCUGGAGGCGGCGAACGCCUACAUGCUCGCGCGCGGCUUCACCUCCGUCUUCUCGAUGAUGUCCACCACCUUUACGGACAACAUCAACGACAUCGCCUUUCUGGCGGAGGCGGAGCGGAGGGGUGCGAUGCGGCUGCGAGUGCGCUACGGCGUCCCGCUGAACGACGUGGAGCGCUUCGUGGCGACCUUCUACCGUGCGAUGGCGGAGGAGGCGACCCGCACCGACCGCCGCGACGGCUUCACGCUGCCGUUCCGCUUCACUAUGACGCCGCCGGCGCUGGGCGGAGGCUACCUCGUGCUGGGCGCGGUGAAGCUCUUCUCGGACGGCUCGCUCAGCUCGCGGACGGCGGCGAUGAACCGGCCGUACGGCAGCGAGGUGACGACGGAGGGCGACAUCGACAGCGAGCAGGAGGACGGCGCGAUUGCGGCCUUUCUGGAGGGCCGUGCGAGGGCGGGGUGCGAGUGUCAGUGCGGUCUGCUGACGAUGCCGCGGCUGGAGCUGCAGGCGGCGAUCCACCUCGCGCACGCACACGACCUGCAGUGCGUCGUGCACGCGAUCGGCGACCGCGCCGUGGCGACGGUGAACCGGGCGCUGUGCACUUCCGCGGAGUGGCUGCGCAGCCGCGCGGAGACGGCGGGGUUGGCGGCGGCGGUGGCGGACUUCCGGCGGCACCCGCGGUCACGCGUGGAGCACCUGCAGCACGUUUCAAAUGUGGCGAAGGAGGUCGCACGGAUGGCGCGGCAUGACAUCAUCGCCUCGAUGCAGCCGUGCCACCUCCUCUUCGAUGGCGACUACGUCGACACGCUGCUGGGGCAGCGGCGGAAGGGGACGUCGUACAUCUGGGGGACGCUGCUGCGGUCGCACAUCCGCGUCGACCUCGGCUCGGACUGGCCGGUGGCGCCGGCGGAUGUGAAUGACGGACUGCGCGGUGCCGUGACGCGUGUGCCGGACGUGAUGACGGCGUUGGCGAUGGAGGAGCAUCAGCAGCAGCAGCAAGAGGACCAGCACAACGGAAAUAUCGCUGAGGACGCCGUGGCCGCUCCUGCGCCGCCGCUGAAGCGGUACCACGACACGUGGAACGAGGCGGAGUGCAUCUCGAUGGACACCGCCAUUCGGACGUACACCUACGAAGGCGCGUACGGGAUGUUCAUGGAGGACUACGUGGGGACGCUGGAGGUGGGCAAGCUGGCGGACAUCACGGUGUGGUCGGACGACUGGCUGGACGAGAGCGGGAGGGUGGCCAUGCGCGGUGUGACAGGCGCGAAUGCGCGGUGGUGGCCGCGACACUCAGAGCCGCACGCGGCGUACACGAUCGUGGCCGGCCUCGUGGAGUACGAGCACGCGCCGUGA